CUUUAUUUGAUGACACAUCAGCAAACAUUGGACUGCAUUGUAGAACUAACACUCAUUGCACUGUUUAGAAGCAGCAAGAUUGAUGGGUUUCUAUAGUUGUAUUAGGUAGCAUCAUAGACUAUCACGCUGACUAGAUAGUGGCUGAUGAGUGAUGAAUGCUUUUCACGUUAUAAUAAGACUGCAGUAAUACAGUAGCCUAUACAGCAUUACUACACUUAUUAUAGAUGCAUUCCGGGAUCCUAAGCACUUACAAAUUGUAACAUAUUUUACGAAUUGUAUCCUAAGCACUUACAAAUUUGUAACAUAUUGUACGAAUUGUAAUUUGUAACAUAUUGAACGAAUUGGAAUUUGUAACAUAUCAUACGAAUUGUAUCCUAAGCACUUACAAAUUUGUAACAUAUUGUACUAAUUGCAAUUUGUAACAUAUUGAACGAAUUGCAUAACAACUAAAAAUGUCAGGACGUAACAUAUCCUACGAAAUGGAUGAUGACUACUUUCAAAACAACUGGCUGAAAUUAUACAAAACCUCUACAAAACCACACAAUUGUACCUCUGUUUCAUGACUAAAACACAUGUGACUCACGUGAUAUUACUUGCACAAUUUUGCAAGAUGGGUUUUUUCAGUGACCUUGCCUUUGUACCGACUCUUGGCUGUUUCCAAAACAGCCCUGGACAAAUGCCAUUAUAGAGUGCAUCAGAUAUUGAAGACAUUGCCUCAAAGCAGUUGACUCCACCACUGCACUUCCUCAACACCCAUCAUCAUGAAUAUUCAUAAUUUGACACUUUGUGGGAGUUGAUGUGGAUCUCAUUGUGUAUAAAACCGAGCACCUCUCAUUGCAUCUUUACUUGGGGAUGCUUGACUAAGACGAAAUCUAAGAAAAGCAUUUAACAGGUCCCUAUACACACUGAACUUAAGACAAUGGAGACCAUAAACGAGAUCAUUCCAUUCGCUAAGGAGAUGCUGAGCCAGAGGCCCAGUCGAGGCAUGAUGAAGGUGUACCUGCUGGGUUCUACCCUGGCGUUGUUUGGAGUGGUCGGUGGGCUGGUGGAAACGGUCUGCAUGCCAUUUUGUGAACAGGAGCCAUUAGACGAGGAAAUGAUCAAGCUGAUCGCAGAGGAGAAGAAGAGGCAAAUGCUGGAGCCAGAGAUAACCACUAUCGAGCCUGAUGUUGUGGAUGAGUUGCAAACGGAGAUUGAUGCUAAGAAGCCACUGGAAGGUCGUCAGAGGAGGGCGUCUAUCAGAUCACAUGCCUGUUGAAGAUGCACUGCAACACCCUCUCAUGUUACACACACUAAUGAAACCAACACUCAGAACACAAAAUGUGGUGAAAUAAGCUGUCAACCAGGCAAUCAAAAGAGAUUGCACUUGGUGAUUUUUAUCAUGAUAAUUUGGCCAUGUUUAGGGACCCCUUGACUUAUUAGCAAUGAGAAGAGAAGAGACUGAAUGGAUGGAUGGACGGAUGCAACAACAAGCUACAGUGAUGACUGGCUGCUGGGCAGCAGAAGCUCUGUGACUGAUUGAGAAUUUGUAUUUUCUUUUGGCUUCCUAAUAAACCUAUUUUAGGUUA